AUAUACCUGAAAGUCUGAAUCUAAACCGGAGGUUUAUUUGUUUAGGUCUUUCGUACUCUUUGCUGCACUCCGCUCCUCUAAUUCUAAUUCUUAUUCACUAUCGACACUCGACACUCUGGCUGAGGGCAAUUUAUCGGCUGGGUUCGUUCUGCUUUAACACCAAGGGUAUUUUCGUCGAUAUAAAUUAAAAUUCCUUACCCACACUCCCUUCUUAAUACUACUUUCUUCAACACACAACAUCCCAAUUUCGCUCCAAAAAGAAGGAAAAGCGGAAAAACCCCUUUGCUUUCUUUAAUGGCUUCCCUUGCCAAUUUCUCGACUAUUUCAUCUUCUUCCGCAGCUCGUUUAUCUUCUUUUCGAAACCCUUCUUCAAAUUCUAUCUUACUUACAAAAUCAUCCCCUAAUUCCAUCAAACUGUUGUCUACUCCUCCUCGUCAGUGUUUCAAUCAUAAACGUUUAGUUCUCAAGGCGAAAGCUAAUUCAGUUAUUGAUGCUCCAACUACUUCAUCCAUCGAUGGUGUUAGUGAUUCUCCAAAGGUUUUACUUGAAGUUAAGGAUCUAACGGCUAAAAUUGCUGAGUCAGGGACACAGAUUCUUAAAGGUUUAAACUUGGUUAUUUAUGAAGGAGAGAUCCAUGCAAUAAUGGGAAAGAAUGGUUCAGGGAAGAGCACAUUUUCUAAGGUGCUUGUUGGUCAUCCAGAUUAUGAAGUUACUGGAGGAACUGUACUGUUUAAAGGAGAAAACUUGUUGGAUAUGGAACCAGAGGAAAGGUCCCUUGCUGGCCUUUUUAUGAGCUUUCAGUCCCCGGUUGAGAUUCCAGGUGUGAGCAACAGCGACUUUCUCAAUAUGGCAUACAAUGCCCGGAGAAAAAAACUUGGUCUUCCAGAGCUUGGACCACUUGAGUUUUACGACUACAUAUCUCGCCGGCUUAAAAUAGUUAACAUGGAUACAAACUUCUUAAAUCGAAAUGUGAAUGAAGGAUUUAGUGGUGGUGAAAAGAAGCGCAAUGAGAUUUUGCAACUUGCGGUUCUUGGAGCAGAUUUGGCUAUUUUAGAUGAAAUAGAUUCUGGAUUGGAUGUUGAUGCGCUUCAGGAUGUGGGGGAAGCAGUCAAUGAGCUCCUGACUCCACAAAAGUCAGUUCUUAUGGUCACACAUUAUCAACGACUGUUGGAUAUUAUAAAGCCGAAAUUUGUUCACAUAAUGGAGGAUGGCAAAAUUGUGAAGACCGGUGAUAUCUCAAUCGCAGUACAGCUUGAAAAGGAGGGUUACAAGGGAAUAUCCUCUUAAAGCCUUGAUGGCCUUACGGGUAAAUCCGCAAUGGCAGCCAGACUAAGCUUAUCCAGUUUGUCUACGCCUUAAAUAUUGUGUUCAUAAAGGCUGCAGGAAAUUUUCUGAUGAUAUUCUUGUAGGAGAGAUAAAACUUUGUAUCUACUUGGUUCUGAUCAUGAACUGUGUUAUUUAAGACCUCGGAGCAAGUUUUCCGUGACUGAAGGAAGUUUUUUUUUGUUGAGAAGAUGAUGAGGUCUGAUUUUGAGGCAUGUUUUUAGGAAAUGGUUUAUAGAUGUCUCUAGCUUUGGGGGUGCUUAUUUAUUUACUUGUGUUCUUCAUUUCUUUGAAUGUUGAUAAAAAUUGUAUUACUUGCAGUCAUUCAUAAGAGUACUGAAUUAAAUCACCUAUCCUAAAAA